AGGUUGUGGUGAAUAUGACAAAAAUGGAUUAAAAAAUGGAUAUUGGAUAGAAUUAAGUGAUGAUUUCUGGAUGUAAAUAUGCUCAAUAUUCAAGUCUACAUAAAAUAAUUUUUUGUGGAACAUAUAAAGAUGGAUUUAGAAUAGGUACUUGGGAAAUUCAUAAAUAUAAAUUAUCUAAUUAAGAAUUUGAGAAAAAGUAUUAAAAUAUAUAAUUAAUUAAAAGAGGAGGAGGAGAUUAUGAUGAGAAUGGAAGAAAGCAUGGAAUAUGGAUAGAUGUCAGCACUGAUAUUUAUAGGUUAAAGAAUUAAUUAUAAUUUUCAGGAAUGAUCUGAUAUUCAUUCAAGGAGAGUAUAUAAAUGGA